AAUCAAAUCUAAUAUUUAAAAAACUAGAUCGUAAAAUGUUGUUAAAUUAACAUAUUUUUAAAAUUAAAUUUAUUUUAAUUAAAUUUAUUUUAGGUAAAAUAAUGUGAAGUUUAAAGCAAUGUCAGGUUUCCAAGUCUCGUUUAAUCGAUACUUUCUUAUUCUACUGUCACAGUUCGCAAUAUUAACUUGUUUAAUAUGUUUAUUAUCAAUAUAACGGUUCUUAAUGCGGGAAAUUAAAAUGAUCUCUAUGUCUAGAACCUAAAUUACAAAAACCUGUUUUAAGAAAACUUGUUUUUCUAAUUGAAAAAAAAAAAUUAUAAUAAUCUUGCCUAAACAAUAAUUUUUUAAAAAUAUUUCGAAACUAACCUACACAGUGACAUUUUUAAUUUCAUAAAAUAAUAAAAAAGAUAAGAACUAAUUUUUUUUUACAAGAUGGUAAGAAUUACUGUGGAAUUGAUUCGAAAACGUGCUGAGCAUAAUGAAGGAGAAAUAUCAACUUUAGAAGAAAUCUCCUUGCAUCAAGAGAAUAUAGAAAAAAUUGAAAUGCUCAAUCAUCUUUGUCGUGAUUUGAAAAUUCUUCUCCUACAAUAUAAUCUCAUAUCAAAAAUAGAAAAUCUUAAUAAAUUAAAAAAAUUGGAAUAUUUAAAUUUAGCUUUAAAUAAUAUUGAAGUCAUUGAAAAUUUACAGGGAUUGGAGAGUUUGAAAAAACUUGAUCUCAUGGUGAAUUUUAUAGGAAAUUUAAAAGGAGUCAAAAAUCUCAGAUACAAUCAACAUUUGGAACAAUUGAUAUUGACUGGAAAUCCCUGCACUGAUUAUAUAGGAUAUAGAGAAUAUGUAAUAGCGACACUUCCUCAACUUAAAGAAUUAGACAUGAUUGCUAUUGAAAGAUCAGAUAGAAUAAAAGCUCUACAAAAAUAUGCUGAAGCUCAAGGUGAUAUUAUUAGAGGAUAUAGAAAUUAUGUGAAAAUACGAGAGCAACAAAAAUUAAGACAUCAAGAAAAACAAAGUCUUCAAAUUACUGAAAUUAAUCAAAGUGAUUCAGAAAAUUCCAACGACGAAGAAGAAAAUGGAAAAUUUUGGAAUUCAACAAGUUACCACACGCCGGAAGAUCGAAUUGCAAUUGCAGAGCGUGUACAAAAAAUCGAGGAAAAAAAGAAUAAUUCCAGAAAAGAAGAAGAGAAACAAAAAUAUGUUCCUAAAUUAUUUAAUCCAAAGGGAAAACCCUACAAUGUUAAUCAGGCAAAAGUGGCUUUUACAAUAAAUGACGAGGAUUCAAAAAAUAUUAUUCUGACACUUGAAGUAUACAAACACUUGGAUACAUCUUUUUUAGAAGUAGACGUACAACCUCUAUACGUGCGAGUCACUAUAAAAGGAAAAAUUUUACAAUUGACACUCUCCUCUGAGGUGAUGACAGAAAAAAGUUCCGUUCAAAGAAAUACUACCACAGGACAUUUGGUGAUAACAAUGCCUCGAUUAAAACCAUCAAAAAUAAUUUGUGGAAAAAAAUUAACUAAAACUGAUGCAAACAAUAUUGGAGAAGGUUCUAAAGUGAUAAAAAAAAUUGCUCCCAUAAUUUCGAAACGAGAACUAUUAGAAAUUGGACCACCAAGAGAUGAUUUGGAUUUUUCGAAAAUUGCAAUUAAUUCCAAAAAUCGAAAAACUCAUUUACCAAAACUUCAAACUUCGAAUUUUAUUGAUAAUCCUCAAGUUCCACCUUUGGAAUAAGAAAAAAAAAUUUUAAUCACAUAAAAGGAAAAAAAAUCUGCUAUUUAGGAAUUUUUCCGAAUAUUUAUAUUAAUCAUA